AUGUGCAAGGCAACAGAGACCGAGUUGGUUUCUGCCGCCAGCAUUCUGUCCAAGCGAAAACCUGACGAACUAAACACGGACGAGUUGGAAAGCUGGUUCAAGGAGAACGAUAUUGCCUUUGACAGCCCAACGCCUCGAAUCUUUUGGUUGGGUGAAGCGCCCAAUAUCACACACGGCCACCAGGAAACCGUCGCGAUGACGCAAAGACCAAGGAUGUCGAUACAAUCCAAGAGAUUCGCCUGUUGA